AAAUGUCUGACCAGAAAAAUAUUGUACACAGAGCCUAUUGUAUUGAAAAGCUACUGUCUGAGAACAAUUUCCAAGAUAUCGAGGAUCAUCUUAAAGACCUUGAAGAUGUUGAUAUGACUAUAGAAUAUCUUCAGGGGACAGAAGUUGCCACGGCUGUAUACAGAGUACUCAAGAGCUGUCCUUCAGCAGAGUUGAAAAAGAAAGCAAAGCAGUUAUUAUCAAGGUGGAAAGCACUUUACAAGAAUAACUGUGUUCAGUCAAUGCAAAUUAAAAAGUCAGCUUCUGUGUAUGUGAAAGAGGAAGUUGAACAUCUUGGUGUGGUUGCUGGGGAGCAGUUGCUGUCUGAAGAACAGUGUCAGCAGGAGGAAUUGGGUGCUAACGGUUCUAAAAUGUUGGUCCCAUCGCAGACUGUUAAAAAUGUGGUACAUAACGAUGCAGAAAGCAGCGUGAAUCGGCUUUCUACUUUUGAGGAACAGCACUCCGAUAAUGAAGAGUCUGAAGCUCUUGUUAAUGAGGCAAGACUGCAGCAGGAUCAGAUGAGAGCUCUGAGGUGUAAAUGUGCAGAUCUUCUUUAUAAAGCUUUGGCUGGUUCUGCCAAAGCUGAAGAAGGAACCGAUAAAUGGCUAGAGUUAUCUAAAGAAAUUGAAGAACAUAUUUUUGCUCUUCAUGCUAAAAAUGACAAGAAGUAUAAAAAUUGCAUCAGAAGCAAAAUCUCUAACCUUAAGAACCCUAAAAAUUGCCACUUAAAACAUAACCUUUUCUCAGGCGCUUUGAGUCCAAAGGCUUUUGCUGAGAUGACAGUGAUGGAAAUGGCCAGUGAUGAACUGAAGCAGCUCCGGGCUCUGUACACAGAAUCAUCUGUUCAGGAGCAUCAGCUUCCACAGGUUAUUAAUGGCACACAGACAAACAAAAUAAAGUGUAGGCGCUGUGAAAAAUUUGACUGCACUGUCACUAUGAUCGCCAGGGGAACGCUCUUUCUCCCAGGCUGGGUGCGAAACACAAAUCCCGAUGAACAAAUGUUGACUUACGUUAUUUGUAAUGAAUGUGGAGAACAGUGGUACCACAGCAGAUGGGUUUGUUUGUAAUGCUGUCCUUUAAUAAGUGGUUUAGAAAUACACAUGCGAGAAGAUAUCUCUGAAACUAUAAUUUGAAAUUUUGUAUUGAUAUUGUCUAGAUGCUGCCACUAUAAAGUGCCAAAUCAGUUGAAAAAAAUCGCUAAGUUAUUUUUGAAGAUAACUUGAAUAAAUCUAUGUGCUUUGAGUAAUGUCAGUAUGUGAAGAAAUGAAAGAAAACUGGAAAAAAAUGGUGACACUA